AUGGCGGCCAUACAGCAACAUCGACCGCAGGUUGGCCGACAGGUCUCCUACAACGCACCAGAACUCACCACCGAACCCGCGACGGCAUUGUUACAGCCUGUACGAACCUUGGACCAGUCAGAAGAAUGGGUCCUCUUCUCCCCGAGUGCGCCUUCUGCUACCACUCGCACACAUACCACCUCGACCGACCGAACGCCACGGACAGCUGGCCUGUCACGCUUCAGCGAGUUUGGCUCACUCGAGACUGCUGCGCAGUCGGAACAAGAUGAAGAAGGUGGCUCGUUUCUUGGGACAGAAGAGGAGCUAGACAGCUUAGACGACGGGCUACAUGCCUUCCAUGAGCCAUCUGAAUAUGGUGCGCCGUUGAGCAGACUACAAAGCAGGCUGCAGGAAAGCGGUGAUACUGUACUACCGACCCAUGAUGGAUUGGGCGAGUUCAAGCCGGACGCAACUAUGCAGGAACACAUGUGGCAGUUUGAGCGACAGCGGCGACGAGCACCCAGACGACGUUCCAGCGUGCAGCGGCACCUUUCCGUCCUCGAUGACCACGAGGAGACCAACACAGAGCAGGAGAAGCGACAGCGCAUCGAGAGAUGGCGACUUGAGCAAAGCAAAGCAUUGCUGGAAGAGAUCGAGAAGGAGACAAGGCGGAGGCGGCGAAUGAGCAUGGUCAGCAAUGGAGCGAGUCGGGCUGAUGCGCAAAAGGCGACAACGAGCACAAAACCACACACUGCGCAAUCCGUGUCAGAUGCGAGCGACUCUUCAGAGGAAGGCACCGAGAAUCUCUCCUUCUGGCAACGGAUCACGCGACGGGUCAUCAGGGAUCUUAUCGGCCUGGAUGAAGACACUCUUUCGGUCAUCUUUGGAGAGGCUCUACCUGACGAGGCCGCAACACCCACACCAGGAUCACCCGCCAUCGAGUUCUCAGCAGACAAGGCUCUACAAGACGCAGGCAUCGACGCCUCCCGUUUUUCCGAUGAUACCUGGCAGACAAAGCUGCUCGAAAGAGUAGCCCAGGAACUGGGAUCACUAGUCAAUCAGCUUUCUGAGCAUCCUGGAGCUUUCUCAACAUACCAGCGAACACAAUUAACACCAGAGUACGCGGGUCUUACGCCAGUAAUAUCCAACACGACAGUCGUAUCUGAGCCCCUGUCCUCGAUACCAAGUUCACAACCUACCACAACACCUUCCUCUGCUCAAUUCGCACCUACCUUCCCCGCGCAAACCUCAAACACCUACAGCGAAGCAUCACUUUGGGGUAUCGAAGAAGAGCCCACCGAAACCGAUACUGAAGCAACGGCCUCCUCUCACAUCCACAACCCUUCCGUUCCCACCACAACCAUCGCCGAUGACCUAGCCCGAGAGCGCGAGUACUGGGAACGCGAAAUUGACGUAAAGAUGAUCUUCAACUUUCUCAUGAAACGCUUCUCGUCGCGCCGACCCAGCAUCUCCUCUUCGCAACCUGUCCUCCCAACCCAACCCAUCCGUACCGCUAGCGCCCCUUCUACAGCUACAAACGACAACAAUCUUAGCUCCGCCCGCCGAGCAGCCAUUAUCCGCCAACACCACCCUUUGGUAAAUCGGACGACGUCAGAUAGUAGACUCCCCACGUCGUCCGCCCCUCACUCGAGGGAGUCACGUCGCUUCGCUACUUACUACACACCUCCAGCCAGUGGCUUGAAGGACAAGACAAAGCUGAGGAGUAGCUCAAGCUGCGCUAGUCAAAGCACCAAGAAGAGCAAGAGGAGUAGCAACUCACAAAGGAAUUACUGGGACCUUGGUGGUAGCGUAGGCAGUGGAAGUGUAGUCGGCUAG